GAGGGGAGAACAGCUGCAGCAGCUGGGGACGCUGCAUUUCCACGGAUUCUGUCGGAGGAUAUAACAGCACCACGAAAUACAAGGCACGCUGACUGAGCACGCAGGAUGGACGCGUUUACCUUUGUGGAGAAUCCGCUGAAGAAAUGAGCCUCGGCUGGGAUGGUACAGGAUUUGCUCGUCUGCUUAAAAGUUGAACAAGUCAAACCAAAAGAUUGCUUUGUAAUUCGCUGACUGACUUUGAGGAAUCAAACUGGAGACUUGUUUGAACGGAUCGCCGGAGUUCACUUUCUUCAAAAGCACAACAACACGAUUCGGUCCAGAACAGUCCGGAGAGAAUGAGGAGUCGCUGGGUGAAGCAUGAGCGGCCAGAGAUCCAGUCAUAAGCGGCUGUCUCUGGGAUGGAAGAGGGCGGCUCUCUGCCUCUGGCUCUGCUGCUGCUGGAGCUCCGCGGUGGCGACCGGCGAAGCUCCCUCCGGCUCUCUGGGCUGGCUCCUCUCCGAUAAAGGUCCGUUCCACCAGUGUUUAGAGUUCACCGAGGCGGCGGAGAGAUACCAGCAGGGCUUCAACACCAGAUACAAGAUAUACAGAGAGUUUGGUCGAUGGAAGGUCAACAGCCUGGCAGUGGAGAAACGAGACGGUGUCAGUGGAAGUGGCGGCCUGGCUCUACCGCUCGAGCCCGAAUUCAUGCACACCGUCCGCCAGCUGGGUAGACGGCCAACGCUCCAGGCGAUAACCGAGAAUCUCAUCAAGAAAUAUGGAACCCACCUCCUGCUGUCUGCCACACUGGGAGGGGAGGAGUCUUUGACCAUAUUUGUGGACAAGAAGAAGCUCGGCCAGGAGGCCUCUGCGCUGAGCAUUGAGGGCAGUCGCAGUGGCAGAAACAGCUCCAACAGCACGGGGCCGGUGACCCUGGAGGCCCUUCACCAGCUCGCUGCUUCCUACUUCACCGACAGAGAGAGCACACUGCGCCGACUCCACCACCUUCAGAUCGCCUCGACCGCCAUACGGGUGAGCGAAACCAGAACCGGGCCGCUCGGAUGCAGCAACUACGACAAUCUCGACACCGUCAGUUCCGUGUUGGUGCACAGCCCAGAAAACAAGGUUCAACUCCAAGGGCUGCAGGUCGUCCUCCCCAACUACCUACAAGGUCGCUUCGUUCAGGCAGCGCUGGACUACAUUGGCUGUAAAUCAGAGGGGCAGUUUAAGUGCCAGAAUGGCGACUGCUGGUGCGAGUGCGGCGCGGACUUCCCUGGCUGCAACUGUCCUCACGCCGAUCUGGACACACUGGAGAAUAACCUCGUGAGCAUCCGCGACGCCUGGAGGCUUGUCAACCAGGAGUUUGAGGAAUCAGAGGAGUUCCAAGGUUUUGUUGGGAAACUGCCAACACAUUACGCUCUGAACACAUCUGUCGUGGAACACUUAUGGAGGAAUGAAGCCAGCCUGCUGCAGCGCUACAGGCAGCUGGAGACCAGCAGCAACCAGCUUCUCACCAAAGCUCGCCGCACGGCUAACAAGCUCUUCAGCCUCAGCAAGCGGUGCCAGAAGCAGCCCAAAAUAGUCCUGCAGAGGCCCAGGUCCCUCCACUACUGGCUGGGCUUCACUCUCUCCCUCCUCUACUGCAGCGAGAACAAACAGGUUGGUGUCUACAGCGACCAGAGCCACAGCUGCUCCUGCCCGUACAAUCACCCGCCCUGCCAGGGCGUCAUCCCCUGCUCGGUGGGCGACGGCCCUCGCUGUGCCUCUUGUUCCUCCGAGAACCGCACGCGAUGUUCCGGCUGUAACACCGGCUUCAUCUUGACCCAAGGGGCCUGCAGACACGCGGUGCCUGACCCCACUGAGCCCUACCUGGGCUUGGAGAGCGACCGGGACUUGCAGGACAUUGAGUUGCGUUACCUGCUCCAGCGCCGUGACCCGCGCCUCUCCCUGCAUGCAGUGUUUGUGAGCAAUGAUGUGAGGAUAAACACGUGGUUCGACCCGUCGUGGAGGAAACGGAUGCUUCUCACCCUGAAGAGCAACCGAGUGAAAUCCAACCGUGUUCACAUGCUCCUGGGUCUCUCCGUGCAGUUCUGCCUGACUAAGAACAGCACCAUGGAGCCUGCACUGUCUAUUUUUGUGAACCCGUUCGGGGGGAGCCACUCGGAGAGCUGGACCAUGCCUGUAGGUCAACACGGGUACCCGGACUGGGAGCGGACCAGGCUGGAGAUCCCGCUGGACUGCUACAACUGGACACUCUCUUUGGGGAACAGAUGGAAGACUUUUUUUGAGACGGUUCAUUUCUACCUGCGAAGUCGCGUCAGAGAGGGAGCGACGGGGGGCAAUAAGAACACCACAGCCUACUACGAGCCCCCCGAGGGAACAGAGCCCUCUAAUGUCGGCUAUAUGAAAGUGAACAGCAUGCAGCUGUUUGGUUACAGCGUGUACUUUGACCCCGAGGCGAUCCAGGAUCUGAUUCUGCAGAUAGACUACCCGUACACUCAGGGAUCACAGGACUCGGCUCUGCUGCAGCUGGUGGAGCUGCGCUACAGGGUGAACCGCCUCUCGCCUCCGGGGGCGCCACACGUGGAUCUGUUCGCCUGCCUGCUCCGCCACAGACUCAAGUUGUCCAGCGCGGACGUGAGCAGGAUACUCGCUGCCCUGCAAGCUUUCAGCUCCAAACAACCCGACCACUUGGAGUACGAGGCCAAUAAACUCUGCAGCUAAUGACUUUUCUCUCACCUUUUCUAUCUUCUCGCCACAAAUCGGCUUGUUUCUCCGCCCGCUGGAUCCAUUUGUGUCAAGUGAUUUAGACAUUGUUCCAGGCUUUGUUGUACAUAGGCAAUCGCAAAUGGAUGUUUAUAAAAAAGAAAAAAAACGACAGUGUAAUUUAAUGGAUUAUAUCUGCAAGUCUUAAAUACUUUUGUAAAAUAAUAAAUGGAGAAAAAAGGAUUUGAAUCUGAGCUGAUAUUUUCGCAGUCGUCCUCCCCAUGCUGUUUGGCACAUUGAUUUUUAUUUUCUGUUUCUCAGCGUGU